AUGAAGCGCGUUGAUGAGCUGGACCUGUUGAAGGACACGGUGACCAUGUUCUUCACGGACCACGGCGAGUACCUCGGCGACCACGACCUCGUCGAGAAGUGGCAGUCCGGUCUCUCGGAGACGCUCAUGCGCGAACCACUCAUCAUCGGCGGCGCAGGGCUUCUCGAGGGAAAGACGGUCGCUGCCAUGACGGCGAUGGUCGACCUCGUCCCGACGAUUCCCGAAAUGUCGGGCAUUGGCGAAAAUUUUCCUCACAAUGGCGAGUCGUGGAUCCCGGUCCUAGUUGGGGAUGCACAAAAACAUAAGACGUAUGCUUUCUCCGAAGGAGGCUUCUUGACCUCAGAAGAGCCUCUUCUGGAACAGGCGCCGUAUCCAUACGAUAUCAAGGCGGGACUGCAGCACGAGGAUACUUCGCUCGUUGGGAAAGCAAUAUCGCUCAGAAACGAGAGGUGGGCCUACAUUUUUCGUUUAUACGAGCCAGCUGAACUGUACGAUCGUGACGGCGACCCUCACGAGAUGCAUAAUCUGGCACAAGAGCCGCAGCUCAAGGAGGUGGUGGAUCAACUGGAUAGGGACGUACUACACUGGCUCGUGAAGGGAUCCGAUCUUUUGCCAUGGCAGAAGGACAACAGGUUUCCAGAGGUCAACCUGCCUAGCCGCGGCAACAGAUGGAAGAACAUUUGA